AUGGUUUAUGUUAAAAAGAUUGUAUUUAGAGCGGCAUCUUGGGUGGUUGAGCAUCUAACGCCGGCAAGAAUGGUUUACGAUCCAUCGGUGGACCGUUCCAAAUGUGUCUUCAUCGAAGACAAAUCAAUGCACCCGUAUUUUCGUUCAACUAAUGAAGAUUACCUGGCAAAUUCCGGUUUUGAUCGGGGCCAUUUGGCGGCUGCUGGCAAUCAUCGCAGAACGCAAAACGCAGUCAACCAAACCUUCUUGCUUAGCAACAUAUCUCCACAAGUUGGUAAAGGGUUCAACAGGGACAAGUGGAAUGAGUUGGAAAAACGUAUCAGGAAGCUUGCGCGAAAAAGUGAGAAUGUUUAUGUUUGCUCCGGUCCUCUGUAUUUACCUCGGAUGGAAAAGGAUGGGAACUUGUAUGUUAAAUACAGAGUUAUUGGUAAAAAUAAAGUUGCUGUACCUACUCACUUCUUCAAGGUUGCGUUGAUCGAGUUCUCGCCUGGGAAGUUUGAUUUAGAAGCCUACGUGCUACCAAAUGAGGUCAUUCCUGACUCAACUCCUUUGAGUGCAUUUUUCAUGGCUCCAGAAGCCAUAGAAAGGUCUGCAGGUUUCCUGAUAUUUGACAAGCUCCCAAAAGAAAAACUUCGUUAUGUAAAUAGCCAAUCAGCAAACUGCUACAUCAAACUGAAAUAA